CUCUCAGUAAGAAAGAAGAUUUAACGAAGGAAGCACGCCCCAAAUAAUUUCUUUUGUCGGAGUAUAUAUGUUAUACAUGUGAUUUUCUGAAAAAGAAACGAACAACAAAGUGAAUCGCGCGGCGAAAUUUAUUGACAAUGUGACCUUAUCUGACGAAUGAAGUUUUCGACAUUAUAUUAUCAUCCUGAUAAAAACCAACUGCAAUUUUAGUGAAGUUGUGUUACAUAUUUAGAACAAUCAAUUAUUAGAAAUAGUCGAAUGUUAUAUUAUCAUCUAUACACACUUGAAGCUUAAUUUAAAAGGAUCAGUUAUAUAUCAGUCUUUCAUGGAUUCGAAUUUAUUGCUCGGUGCUAUUAAUCGAUUCGCGACUUAUACAUCUUUCAAUGUAUACCUGAGAGGAACAAGAUUUGAGAACGAUCCUCAUAGACGCAGACGAUAUUGCAAGUGGAAAGAUCGCAGAUAAUACAGGAUAAAGAUGGCUUGGUCGCUCGAUUUCUUCGCUGGCUGCUUGGGUGGAUGUGCCGGUAUUAUGGUGGGAUAUCCUUUGGACACAGUCAAAGUCCACAUGCAGACGCAGGACUCCCGCAAUCCAAAAUAUCGAGGCACUUGGGAUUGUCUACGCACUAUACUCGCAAAAGAAUCGGUGAGCGGCCUUUACAGAGGCAUGACCUCGCCAAUCGCGGGGGUGGCUAUGGUGAACGCAAUCGUCUUCGGCGUUUACGGGCAUACUCAGCGGCACCUAUCCGAACCUGAUCGAUUGUCGGCACAUUUCUUGGCCGGUGCAUCCGCCGGGCUUGCACAAACUCCCGUCUCGAGUCCGAUAGAGUUGGCAAAAACACGUCUGCAAUUGCAAUCCCCGUGUCAGGGUGAUCUCCGCGGACCUAUACAGUGCUUGAGAAACAUCUACAAGCAGGAAGGUUAUCGCGGCGUCUACAAAGGGCUGAGUAUUACGUUUCUCAGGGAAGGGCCAAGUUACGGUGUGUACUUCGUGACUUACGAGAUGCUAACCAAGACGUCCUCGAAACAGCCGAUCUCGACACCUCACAUAUUGCUGGCCGGAGGUCUCGCUGGCACCGCUUCCUGGGUGAUCUCCUAUCCGAUUGAUGUCAUCAAAUCACGCAUACAAGCAGAAAGUAGCAAUCGUUAUUCGGGAGCUUUAGAUUGUCUUAAGAAGUCCGUACGUGCUGAAGGAUACAGCUGCUUAUAUCGAGGCUUAAAUUCAACGAUUCUUCGAGCAUUUCCGACAAACGCAGCGACUUUUGCUGUUGUCACAUGGACAUUCAGAUUAUUCGGCGAACAAUCGAGUGAGGUACCGCAGAAAAAGGAUAUCGUGUCGAUAACGUCAACGCAGACGAAAAAUAUUACGACGAAAGGGUACGAGUCUUUCGUCAGCAAAUGGAACGCAUUUUUUAAUGGUAUUUCGAGAAGCAACGGCUUUGCCACGUCGUAUUCAAUUGGACCCAUCUUGCCAAUUAGCGGAUUGAUGCCGGAUAACAACGCCUGUCUAAUUCACAACUGCAGACGAUCAGAUUGCAAGCACGACGCAUUGAAGCACAGACACAUAUUCGAGGAGAGAAAAAGAAAAUCGCGAAACGACGAAAGAGUUGAGGAGGAUGAAUACGUCGACGAGAAGAGUGCGGAAUGUGACAACGUCAAGACGAUCGAAACCACGUGUACCUGUAAUCUGUAACUUAGUAUCUCAAAUCUGGAUAGUAUUUGACGUGUGGCCAUACCAAGUGACAACCAAGUGACUUCAACGAUAUGUUGAUGCAACGAAAUGACUUAUGUAGAAAAGAAAUCAGUGUACGUAAAUUUUUCUUUGAUGAUUAAUUUGAUUACCAACGAAUGUGUAUAUAUAUCUAUAAAGGAAAUUAUUUCAUAAUUCUCA